AACAUAAUGUUGAAUUUAAAUGAAAUAAUAUGUUCUUAUUGAAACCAGAACUUGAAACCUGAUAAUCAUUGAGCUGGUGAAACAUUACAUUUUCGAUCCAAUACAAAGGUAUGACCAUUUAUUCUUGAAACCAAACAAACAUAUAGAUUAAGAUUAUGACUAUAAAUUCUGGAUAGUUUUAGAAUAAUUUCACAAGAUUCUUGAGAAGCAACUAGUUACUUCAGAGAUAUGGCACAAGCGAACAAAAAAGAAGAUUUGAGCGUGAUUGAGAAGAAUUAUGAUUUAACUGAAAAGGUUGAUUUCAAUAUUCGCAAGAAAAAUGAAUCACUAUUUGGAGAACUUUCAAAACCUAGAAAAAAUCAAAAGGGUGUAGAAUAUGUGGCGAGGUUUUACAUAAAUAGCUCGUUAUGGACAAGUCUUAAAGAUAAUGUAGAAUUGAUCGAAAAAUGGGAAAAAGAAUGUGUAUUUGACCAGCAGCAGCUUUGUUACGGAAAUUUGCUUUUAGGACUCUCAAAGUUGGACUAUUGCGAAACCGUAUACGUGUGUCUACACAAUACUGAGAAAAAUGGAGAUGUCAACCUAAAACGAAGCAUGAACAUUCCGAUACAAUGCUGGAAGAAUUUGUUUGCGUUGCAGUCAGAGAUUGAUGUUUUUCUCAAACCUCGUAAUAAGAGAAAAAACACAGAUAACAUUGAUGAUGCAGAAUUGCAAUAUGUCAAGCUUUAUCGCUACACCAUUCAGAAAUUAGAUGAUAAGUCUGAAUUGAAGGGAAACUGGACGAAUGGUGAUAAAAAGAUGAUUAUUCAAGAAGCUAUCGCCAAGAGUUCAUCAACAACAAAAGCGACUAUAACAGAGAAAGCGUUCCAGAAGCCUAGCUGUAAGGAGUUGGUUCGUUAUUGCUUGGUUAAUUUGGUAUGGGAAAAAAUCCAGGAAGCUAGUCAAGAUGAUGAAGAUCUAAUGGUUAUCGAUGGCGAGCUAACAAAGCAAGAGAUGGUAAACACAUACUACGAACGAGCUUUGGAAAACGUUCUUGGGCUAGAAUUGAAAUCGUAUCUGGGAAGAAUGGUGAAAUUUCUAGGGAUGAAUAUGGUGAAGAAUUUCAAUGCUAUCAAACGAGAGAUCCAGGAAACAGAAGACCUACGACACAACAUCAUCAAUCCAGAUGAAAAUCAGGAAUUGAUAAAUGAACUCAUAAAUGCAUAGACAUUAUCAUUAUAACAUUAUGCAGUCUUACUUACUAACUUGGUGUAAUGAAAUAUAA